GGGGCCUAGGCUCCCUUCGGCUGCUGGGAUGCUAACAGUGGACUAGACAGGAAAGGGACGAAUGUCGGAUGAGACAUCAGCUAACUUUUCCCCACCUUUCGCGAAAUUGCGGUGCGGUAUCCGCUCCCGUUUAGCUCCGUCCAUAGAAGGUAUUGGUCAGGAGAGUAUAAAUAGGAACAUCCAUGGUUGAUAGCGGGAAGAACAACUUGAGGAAUCGAAUGUGUAACCUGUGGCCCUCCAGACAUUACUGGAUUGUAGCCCGCACCAGCAUGGCCAAAUGGCCUGGGAUGACUGGAGUUAUAGUCUAGCAGUGUUAAUUGGGAACAGUAUGGUGAACAUAAAGCCUUAAGUUUCCUCAUAUUAUUUAAACAGUUGAGGGAUUAUUAUUAUUUUGCUUAUAAGAGGAAAAGGCAAUACAGAAAUUAAACAGGGAAUAAUACUUAUAGGCUCAAUAAAAAACCCACCUCAUUGUUUACCUCCCCACAACCCAAAAAGCCCCAGAGGUGGAUUUUAUCAUGUUAAAAAACAGUGCAUGCACCAAAUUAAGUGGAAAGAUGGAUCUUGCAGCAAAUCAGAAGUGUGUACUCAAAGAUUCCCUUAAUGCUCUGUAUUUAAAGAAAAAUCAACAUGAGCAACAGAGUUACUUGCAGGUUUUGAUAAAAUUAAUCAUCAAUAAGUGAGUUCUUCUGUGGAUUACAACCAGUUCAACUUUGUUUGCAAAGCAGGUUUUUGUGCGUCAAUAAUGAGAUUUUUAGAUUAUAUAGUCUAUAUAUUAAGAACCCUUUUCAUGUUUUGCAGGCUAACAGACAUCCAUUUACCCCCCCCCCCCCCCCCAAGUACAGGUCUCUGUUUUCCAUCAUGAGCAUAUUGCAGAGAUUUCAGUCUGUGGUACUGUUUGUUAGACAUGGCUUGAGGCGACAGAGAACUCUGGCUGAGAUCAAUGCAGAUGCUUCUUUUGUACACCCCCCUCCUGAUGGGGCCUGGGGCUGGGUUGUGGUGUUGGCAGCAGCGAUCCAUUCCUUGUUUAUCAGUGGCUUCCACAGUGCUUUUGGCGUUUAUAUGAUGCCCCUUCUUACAACCUUCAAGGCAAGCAACUCACAGAUAGGUAGGUCAUCGUCACAUGUUAUAUACGGUUGGAUUAAGUAUGAUAUAAUGGGUGGUGUUCAACUAAGUUUUACACAGAGUAGACCCACUGAAAUAAGCAAACAUUAACCAACUGUGGAUUUCAAAAGGUCUACUCUAGUGGGUGUUCGGGAGGGGGUGUUAUCUUGCGCAAGGAGAAAUCUUUGUGCUGACGGAACAUUCACCUUAGUGCUACAUUGACUACAACCUUAAGGGUUAAUACAAAAAAUAAAGAGGGAGUUAAUAUUACCUGUUGCAUCUUGUUGAUGUGUUGAAAUAACAAAACAAUGUGGCUUGUAUAUGUUGCCGCAUUUUCAUAGACCUCAAGGGUUAUAGUAUUUCAUACCUGUGAAGCAUAUGGCAAUCAGUUUUACUAUAUCGUUCGUGGCAUGUGUGCAUUUUCCUUCAUUUAAUUACAGCUGUUUGUCCUUUUUUAGCCUGGAUCGGAUCCAUCAGCUAUGCUUUCAUUAUGAUAUUUGGUCCUGUAUCUGGAAAACUUCUGGUGAAAUAUGGAGCCAUCAAAGUGGCAAUAAUUGGAGCAAUGGUUGUCAUGAUUGGUCUAAUGUGUUCUUCCUAUACCUAUGAUUUGCGUUUACUAUUUUUCACUCACGGAAUCAUUGUUGGCGUGGGAUCAAGCCUGGGCACCACUCCAGGUAACACUUUAAAAAAAAAAUCAGUCAAGCAACCUGAAUCACAAUAAAAUAGCCAGUUGCAUUCUUUGUUCUGAAAAGUUUGCUGUGUGUCCGUGAAGAAAAAAGUCACUCCAUAAUACAGGCCUCAUAUUUUUCAUUAUAACCACUAAAUUUAUCUGGUCAUUUUGACAGGCUGGGUACUUCAAAAUAACACAUACUGUACCUAGUAUAGACUACCAUUUAUUUAUUUGAAGCAUAUAUAUCUGUUCAGGUGUGCAAUGUCCUGUGUGUAGAGGGUGUGUGUUUCAGCUUAGGACAGUGUGUUGUGAGGUAAAAUUUCAGUGUUGGGCACUGUGAUGUGGAAGUCACAGCAGGGUGGAGUGUUAUGGGGUUGAGGUGUGAAGAGUGUGAGGGGUUUGCAGUGGGUGGGGGUGUCCUCCAUGACAGUUCUUCAGGUUUCUGAAGGUGCCCAUAGACCCAAAAUGCUUGUGAGUUGUGACCCUUCAUCUACCCACUGCACCACACUGUCAUAUGGGGUGUAGGUGUUGUGUGGAUAUGGGGAAUGGCCUCCUAUGGCAUUUCCUCAAGUUUCUAAAUAUGCUCAUGGGCCCCAGAGAGUUGAUGGCCUCUUGUUCAACCACUGUUCCACACUGAUAUUUCUUAACUAAAAGAAAAGGCAUGACACAUCGCAUCCACUAGGUGGCUCCCCCUGCAGACAUGGCAGUCAUGACAAAAUUGUAGCUGCACUUGUACUUUCAGUCAUGCAUGACACUGUUUUACCAAACCUAGUUUUGCAUAGACUUUGAUGGGGCAGGAAAACCUUAGUAACUUUUGCCAUUUGUUUUUUGUAGGCCUGAUAAUGGUCAGCCUUUACUUUACUAAAAAGCGCUCAUUUGCAACUGGAAUAGUGAUGGCAGGAGGGUGCGCAGGAACUUUUGUGCAGAAUAAACUUCACGAGUACUUAAUUCAGACACUUGGAUGGAGACGUAGUCUACGUGUAUACAGUGGAAUUCUAAUAAUAUGCAUCAUUGCAGGAUUUGCAUAUCAGCCUCUUCAAAAACGUAUGUAAUGUUUUGGUCUUCUUAGUUAGUUUUCCUUCUUCUUGCCUUUGUUAUAUUCUGGUUGCAGAUAUGUUUUCAUUUGCAACAGGCCAACUAGAUGUGUCAGGAAGACAGGAACAAGGAGUCUAUGGCCUUCCAGAUGUUGCUGGACUACAACUCCCAUAAUCACUAACCAUUAGCUGUGCUGGCUGGGGCUGAUGGGAAUCGGAGUCCAGCUGGAGAGCCAAAGCUUCCCCAGCCCUGCUUUGAAGGGUGGCCAUCAUUAAGAAAUAAGUUUUGAAACCCUGCUUAAAAAUUGGAAGUCAGGGUCAUCCAUACCUCUGUGAGGGAGUUAUAAUUUGGCAGUCAUCACAGAAAAUAUUUUGUCUCUUUUGCCCGGCAGCUGAAUCAGUCUCACUGGUGGGCUUGCAAGCAAGGCCUUCCAAGGCAGAUCUUAAUGUCCAGACAGACUCGAACCGUUUAAAGCAGGUGCAGGGAAGCUUUGCCUCUCUAGAUGUUUCUGCACUACGACUCCCAAGAGCCUCUGCAAACGUGGCAACUGGUCAGGGGUGAUGGGAGUUCAGCCAAAGGUUCCCCACAGAAGAAAAUGAGAUUUUGGAAAGUAUGGUUUGCCACUCCUGAAUGAAGAGUAAGGAAAGCUGCACAUGCUGAAAUUGCUUCUUGCAUUUCACUGUUCAGUCUUGUAUCCUACCUGAUCACCCCACCUGGCAAAUGACUUUCCAUGGCUCCUUUCUCAUUUUCAUGUUAAGAAUGCAUAACUUGCAUUGACUCAGAAUCAUCUGUAAGAUGCAGAAGUAAUUACUGAGUUAGAACCAGAGUUUAGGGCUGCAGCUGAAAAGGAUGUUCAUAUGUCCCCCUUCCUCCACCAACAAUAUCUGAUUUCUUCCAUUAGAUAUCUAUGAAAUUCUAAUUUCUCCCACAUCCUGAUACCAUUAUAAUGUGUGAUUCCUUGCCAGCCAUCAGUAAUGUGAAAUAGAGCAGGGAAUGCACAUUAUAACGACAUUAGGUCAUGGAGUCAGUUGAACUAGACAUUACAGAGUGGGGAACAGGAACUUGAAAAAUACAUGAGAAAUUUGUCUUCAGUUAACUUCAAGGACAGGGCUAUUAUUCUAGAAAAAGAGGUGCCGGAACUCACCGUGAACACCUCCCUCAUUCUCUUAGAAUGCCAAUGGCACCCACCUGAGAGGUGUCAGAACUGAAUUCUGGCUGAAAGAAAGCUGUACUCAAGGGGCUGACUCCCAGGUCAUGCAGUGGCUGAAACUAGGCCAGUAUCCCACAACCGAAGCCCUCUUUCCCCAGGAUUCAGUUGAUAAAGGGUUUGGUGCCAGUGGGGGAAGUAGAAGAUUUCCAUCUUGUUUUGUGAAAUUUUAGUGAGAUAUGAGCAUUUUAAUUCUAUUGUAGCAAGCUUCCUAAAUUUAAGGGCGAGGUCAGAGUACCACUUAUGCAGACAUAGCAGACUAGUUAGGAAUAUCUUUUACCUUUUGUUUAUUAAGCAAAAGGCAUUUUCCUAUGUCUCCAUGUACUUAAAGCAAAAGUACAAAUUAGAUUUUUGUGCAUUGGCUGUAUGUGUUUGAAACCUCAUAUAUGUGCUUAGGGUUUAAAACACAUCUUCUCAUCUUUACUGCUUCUUGAUGGUGGGCCCUCAUCCUUAUUAGCCGUGGUAUUUUGUAAAUAUUAUUAUGCAAAUAAUAGUUUGUUUCAAUUGUGUGUUUUUUAAAGAUAGAGCUCAUCCAAGUGUAGUCGAAAAGUUUAAAACCUCCCCACUAAGAGGUUUUAUUGUUGAUUUAAGUUUGUGGAAAGAUCGUAUCUUUGAAGUUUGGGUCUGUUCUCUUGGAUUAGCCAAGUUUGGAUUCUUCAUACCAUUUGUGCAUAUGGUAAGAACUAGUUUGUACACUUGUUUUCAUGCGAAAUCCUCAGUAUGCUUCUUUUCUGCUGUAUUUUAUAUGUAAUUUUAUAUAUGAUUACGAUGCAACAACAUUCAAUAUAGAAUCAAAUGUUUCAUAAUAAAAUUCUUCUAAAUAAGUAUCUUCCUUGGGAACAAAACCCAGUAAGUGUUUGGACAAUUUUAAAAGUGUUAGCAAGUACAGGUUGUACUUCGGUUCUCAAACGCCCCGGAACUCAUACGUUUCAGCUCCUGAACAAUCAAAAACCAGAAAUGAAUCUUCCCAUUUUUGAACAUUCUUUGGGAAGCUGAACAUGCAAAGGGGCUUUUGCAGCUUCUCAUUGGCUACCGGAGCGUCCUGCAGCCAAUCAGAAGCCGUGCUUUGGAAGUUGAACGUUUCGUAAGUCGAACGGACUUCUGGAAUGGAUUCCAUUCGACUUCCAAGGUACAGCUGUAUUGUGGUAAUAUGUAACCUUAUUUAUAUGCCAGAUAUGCAAUUUCUUGUCAUUAUAAUUUGUGCUUUUACAAUUGUGCUCUCUAUCCACAUUUUACAGAUGGUCAGUGGUGGCUGAGAAAAAGUGACUUACACAAAGCUGGUACAGAAAAGCGAAGUCCUUGGUUGUCUUCAUUUUGAGAAUAGGAGAUAUUUGUGAUCUUAGAUCAGUGCACCAAAAAGGAUAAUUUUUUAUUGCUUUCAUCUUAAAUAACCCCGGGGAAGGCUGGCAAAGGUUGAUCUGCUAUAAUUACCAAGGGACCGUAUAGAUCUGAUGACACUUUGUAGGCACAGAUUUUGUUGUUGCUUACUUAUUUUUACAUUCAACUUUUAUGCUGGCCUGGGAACACUACAGUGCUGAAGGUGUAGGGUGUAAAUAGACUUCAAAUAAAUCAUUGGUGGGGGUGGGCAGGGCAGACUCACCUAGCAAGAACAGUGUGGUGUAGCGAUCAGGGUGUCAGACUAACAGCUAGGAGACCAGGUGUCAGGAUGCUGUCAGCAGCUCCCGGCUGGUUGCCCAGGAAAGUAUAAAGACAAGAAAACGUUUCUUAGUCUUUUUUUAUUUACAGAGAGAGGCUGUAGAACCCAGUCUCUUGGAUAACGGUGUUGUCCUGAGUGAAUCUCCACACACACACCCCACCUCUCCCACUUCCUCAUUCAUCAUUCUCACCGUUUCUUCUGUGGGUGCUGCUACAUGCCCUCUGUCUUCAAACUCUUUGUUCUCCUACUUUUAAGGCUUGAUGGGUUCUGGAAGAUGGAGGGACUGGAAUGCUUUCUAAUGAGAACAUGUCAGCCAGGUGUUGCUCCGGCUCUCCCAUGAUUUCCCAGCUUUUCCCUUCUUCUGCCUCUGAGCUGCAACCUCCCACAAACCGCUGUUGUAAAUCUAUACUGUCUUCCACUUCCUCUUCCCUGGAAGGGUCAGGAGGGGGACGCGGUCUCCACCACUCCUCCUCCUCCUCCUUGGCCCAGUCCCUUACACUAGGGUACAAAUCCCCACUUGGCCAUGAAGUACGCUGGGUGACCUUGGGGCAGCGGUCACUGCCUCUCAUAGGUAGGGGAAUAAAUAAGGAAGAGGAGAGCCAUGUACUCCACCUUUGGUUCCUUGAGAAGAAGGGAUAUAGAUGCAAUAGAUAAAUAAGCUUGAGAAAGGGACCUUUAGCUGUUCCUUUUGAGACCAUUUGCACUUUCCUUCGUUGUUUACUCUGCAGAAAGGCUUAAAGAUGGCUACCAAAUUAUUUUAUAUGAAGAACCUGUCAGAUGCAAAUUAUCACAUCCCUUUAUUAUGGCAAAUCAAUGGUGUCAUUGCCUCAGUUCUAUACUUUGCAGCUGUCCACAGAUUCUACUGAAGAGGGAGAGGGCAAGAAGAAGAAAGAAGAAGAAGAAGUAGGAGGUUUGAUGCUUCAUGGCAGAUUCUCAAUUAAUUACAUUAAUGUAUGUUUUGCCGACUCCCGGCAGUGUGCGUUCAAACACUCCGACUUACACAAGGAACCGCUGUAACACUGAAAGACCUGGAUUGCUCAGUUGUAAUCAGCGCUCAGUUGCCUAAAUAUACAUUGUAUUUUUGACAAAUGCAUAGAGAGGUGAAUAUAAACUCAGUGGCCUCAUUUUGCAGAUUAAACUUGCUGGUGACCUGGGCAUUCCACUGGAGAAAGCAUCCUACAUUAUGGUAGCAAUUGGAGUGAGCAGCAUGGUUAGCUCUCUUCUGUUUGGAAAACUCUGUGAUAUUGAACGAAUCGAUCGGCUGUAUCUUAACCAAGUGUCCAUACUGUCCGUUGGCAAGUAUUCCACAUAAGCAUUCAUUUGAUUUUGUUUGAAUAGUGCGAAGCUUUUAAGAGACUAGUCAGGAUUAGAAAAACUACUCCCAUGGUGAGCACAAUUGCCGAUUAGGACUGUGACUGAAAUAAAUGAAGUUCUGCUACUUGAUCCAGCCAGGCGUGUGUAAUCAGAACUCUGCCUCUGUCUCCAUAGCUGGAUGGUGUGUUGCAUAUGUGUUUUCUCUCUCUGGUCAGGGUGUGCAAAGCCUUAUUGUAAAAAGUUGAAAAUGUGAUCAAAAAUGGACCCACUGCUUUCUCUUAUCCCUGCCAAGUGUCUUAUGGGGGGGGGGCGGAGGUCAGCUAGUUAGGGGUGGGCUCAGUGGAAUGGAUAUUCCAUUUCUUCGUAAUUAUCGGCAUGUAUGGAAUUUGGUAGAUGGAAAAGUCAUCCCAAACAAUACACUAGGCCGAUCAUAAGAAUUAUAGGGCCUCUAUAUACCUAGGACAAGCACCAGACUGAUCAUUUUUCAUUGGAUACUUGCCUUUUAAUGGCUCAAUAAAUAAAGAAUUAUCAGCAACAACUAACUAGUAUUUGUUUUUAAGAUUAAUGCUGAAGUAUACAUACCUUGUGUAUGCAAAUGUAGUCUCCCCCCAACUAUUUAAGAAGAUUUGUGACCAGUUAAAAGAGUCAAAUGGGUUCCACCAUCAUUUGAAAUAUGCCCAUUAACGAGUCAACCAAUGAUAUUGUUUAUGUAUCCCACCCAAAAAAACACUGGCCCAGUAAAGAGAGUAAAAAGCCUUCGAUAGGAUUAAUUUAUUUUGGAAGUGUUCUGAAAAAAGCCUAGGAAUAACAAUGCAGUUGUUGAGGUAAUCUGAGAUUCAAAUGUGUAGUUUAGAAAAUGGUUAGUGUUAACCCAAUAGACUUUUGAUUCCCUGCCCAUCUGCUUAUGAAAUUCUCCUGAGUUUAAGCAAUCAUAGAAUCAUAGAUAUUCUAGUCCAACCUCUUGCAAUGCUGGAAUCUCAACUAAAGAAUCCACGACAGAAGACCAUCCAACCUCUACUAAAAAACCUCCAGUGUAUCAGCAGUGAUUUACUACGUAGCACCUUCAGAGAUGGGAAGCUGUUUAAGAAACAGAAAUUUGUUGAGUAUGGAGCACUGAGCUUUCAUAAUGGCUGGAUAGUGGACUUUUAAGGCUGUAACGUUACUGUAUUGUCAUGUUUUAAUGAAUCGGUAAACAUGUUUGUCUGUAAUAAAAUAUCCUUCAAUGUAGUUUUUUGUUUUGUUUUCCAGGUGUGGUAUAUUUUAUCAUUCCUCACUGUACAAACUUUUCCUCCCUAAUAGCAGCUUGCUCUGUUUUGGGAUUUGUUGAUGCAGGAAACUAUGUUCUCUUACCUGUCCUUACAUUUGAUUUGAUGGGGCCCGAGAAAAUGCCAGUUGCAUGGGGAUUUCUCAUGGUUGUCAAUGCAAGCAGUUGUUUUGGUGCACCCUUUGCAGGUAAAUCAACCAAUGCAAAUCUGUUCUUUUGUUAGGCAGUUAGUUCCUACCACCCCCACCCCCCACCUUACAGUUAUUUAGCAGUCUCUUUACUAUGCUGCCUGGGUUUGGGACGUGGCCCCGGAAAGUAGGAAGAAUUUUUAAAAUCUCUUUUGGUUUGUCAUUAUAAUGCAAGGUUUUACAGGAACAGUUGAAAUAAAGUUAUUCUUUGAGAAAUUAAGUUUGGAAAAUUAACCUGCCUAUUUUUAUUGCAGGUGCAAUGUAUGACUUGCUCGGCAACUACAAUAUUGGCUUUGUAGUAACGGGAAUUUGCAAUAUUGCUGCAGCUAGCAUCCUUGCUUUCAUUCCAUGGCUGCAAAGAGAAACAACACAGUCAUCAAAAAACUAUCUUAAUGCUUCUGUAUGUGUGAUAACAAACACCAUAGUUCCUUGGCAAUCACCCACUCCUUCGUUAGGGGUAAAUACCAUUAUUCUACACUCUGUUCUAAGCAAGUAGAAUCUGGCUUUGCCACAGAAUUUUGUAACCAUCUGUACAGGGCAAAAGUGUGGGUGAUCCUGGCUGUGCAGUUUCCCUUAGUGUAGGUAUAAUUUUUUUUUUUUAGCACUAAUUUAAAAUGCUACAGAAAUUAAUAUUAUUCAACACCAACAAAUAACACAAGCACACCAAACACUGCGUGACUAUGACUAUGACCCCACCAACCCAAUGUGACUCAUUUUGUUGGGAUUCAGUUUUGACCCAGGGAAUAUGCUCCUGAAAUAGUUUUGGUUAUCGAUUUCUUGUGGGAAGAGCUUUGAGUCAUCAUUAAGAUUCUGUGGAUUUUGUUAUUUAAUAGGCAGAUGUUUAGAUUUCAAUAUAAUUUGAUGAAGCUUUCUUAAUUUCUAAGAACAGUGAUGAUUCUUGGGGCAGGGUAUAUGAAGACAGAGACAGUUCUUAAGAUCAUAUAUUGUUUGCAUCAGAUUCUUCAUCCUAUCAAGUCCCUAUAACAAUUUCUCAUUAGAAAAAAGAAAAUAAUAAUUUUUUUUUAAGUCCUUAUAAUAAUUUUACUGUAUUUCUUUUCUUUCAGAGUCUAACUUCCUCCUACACAAAAACACUUUAUGCUGGUGAUGAAACUCAAUCUUAUCAUUCAAAAAGAUUUACCGGUAGUAUUAAAUCAUUCAGUGUGAAAUCGUUAAAAAGCAUAAUGAAGUCAGAUGCAACAGGGCCUUUGACAAAAGCAGAACCAAAAUCUUCCGCUGGGACAUUGGAGAUUGACUCACAAGAACAGGUUGAAAGAAAAACAGAUUUGAUGCCAAUGCAAGAGCUAAGCACACCAGAAACAUCAUUUAAAAGUGAAAGUGGAUUGAUAAAACAUCCAGAAUACAUUUCCUACAAAAAAGAAGAUGUGUUGGCUUUUCUAAACACAUAUGAGGCUGAUGAUGAAGAGAAAUUUGUAAGUGAAAUUGAUUUGAGGCCAAAAAAGGAACUAACCGUGUCAGAUGCAGAAACUUUUGAAUCUACAAAACAGUCGGAACACAUUCCCCAUAAAAGAGAAGAUGUAGUGGCUUUUGUCAAUGAAUAUGAUGGUGAAGAAGAAGAAGAGAAACUUGAUACCACAAAAGAGUUGAAGCCGAAACUGGUAUGGGUGCUGCCCACAUCAGAUGAAGAAAUGUCAGGAGAGCGCAAAGUGGCUUUUGCAGAUGACCAUUAUGAUGACGAAGAUGUGCACUUUGGUAGUGUAACUAACUUGAGGCCAGUACAGGUGCUAACCAUAUCAGAUGCAGAAACUCCAGAAUCUACAAAACCAGCUGAGCGCAGAGUGGCUUUCGCAGAUGACCAACUUGAAGACAAAGGAGAGCAUCUUGAGGGCAGAGCUGAUACGAGGCCAGUGCAGGAGAUACCAGUAUCAGAUGCAGAAACUUUGGGAUCAUUCAAACAAGCAGAGCGCAGAGUGGCUUUUGCAGAUGACUAUGAUGAUGCUGAAGGUGCACAUACUGGGAGCUUAGCUGACUUGAGGCCAAGGCAAGUGCUGUCCAUAUCGGAUGCAGAAACCUUGGGAUCUUUCAGACCAACAGAGCGCAGAGUGUCUUUUGCAGAUGACCAUCCUGAGGAUAAAGGAGAGCAUCCUGAGAGCAGAGCUGAUGCCAAGAGUUCAGGAUCUACACAUCCGACAGGAUACCCUCCCCUAAUAAGAGGAAUGGCUUUCCUAGAGAACUCUGAAGGUGAUGAAGAGCCCAGCCAAUUCGAGACCAAUAAAAACCCCCUUUAGAAGUGAAACUUCAACACAUGUAAUACAGGCACAGCAAAUGCCUUCGACUUCCCAUGGAAAAGAAGAGGGUAUGGCAUUUGCCAGUGAUGAUGAUGAUGGUGAACAAGCACCACAACAGAAAUGAUCAGAGUGCAGCAGCAAUGUUAAUGAUACUGGAUCAGUUACAAAUCUGUCUGUCUGGCCCAGAAGGGUACAUUACAUAGUACCCUUGCUUGAUGUCUGAGUAGUAUUCACAAAAUACUAUUUACUAAAAAGCACUUCUCUUAGCUGUAUAUUAUUUUUGUAACUUAGAUGUAGAAACAAUUUGUAAUUGACUGGAUUUCUAGUGUGGUUGAAAAGUUUUUGACAAUUGCUUUUUAAAAAUAAAAUAAAGCUCCUCAAUUGUUUUUCUUUAGCUGGAUUGGCUUGAAACUAUGUCUUUAUUUCUGCAUAUAUAAAACCUGAGCAUAACCUUGCAGCAUGAACACCCCAGAAGAUCUUGCUUCUCUAUUAGUUGCAGCUUUGGAUCAAGCAGAGAGCAAGCAUGUCUCUGUGUCCACCCAUUAGCCUGGAGGGCACCAUUACUUACUUGUAGUUCCUGCAACCUAGCUCAUUGUUUUGGGAUGCUGCUGCUGAAUGAUUAAUGGGACAGCAUGUAAACACCCCACAAGCAAAUGAGGAUGAAAGUUUGUUGCUGUCCAACUGCCCUGUAAACAUAUCAGAAUGAAUGCCCUAUAUAAGGACAUAUUCUAACAACCAUGUAAGUUUUGUGCAGGCAAAUUAUGAUGAAUGCUAAAUAAAUGGAUUACCUGGACUUCAACUACCAUCAGCCCCACUCAGUAAUGGCUAAUGAUUAAGGAUAACGUGAGAGGUAGUUGUUUAUUCCUCCCUGUGGCGUUCGUACGGAGCCCCCGGUCAUCUCACGGACUAUUGACCCGUACACCACUAAUCGCUGCCACCAACCAGGUCCUCCCCGGUAAAAUCACUUCAGCCUCAGUCAGGUUCUCAAUUAAUAGAGAAGAGUGUAUUUUAUUUCAGUCACAAACAAACUUUUACGGCAUUCCAAACGUUGUUACUCUUUACUUUCUUAGUCUUAUUUUCCUCUCUCUAUCCCUUCUGCCUCCCCUCACUCAAGAACCCACUGCCCUAACUGUCACUCUGUUACCAACUGCCUACCAACUGCUUCUCCAACUGCCUUUCCCAACCAGCCAACCCCCUGAAACCAACCAACUACCCACCAACUACUCACAACAACAACAACAACUAACUCAAAUCUCGGGCUAAGCCUUUUUAUAUACAGGGAGGCUCCGCCUCCGUCUUUCCUAUUGGUCUAUCUUUCCCACCUGUUCAAACAUUUUCUAAAUGAAUGGGCAAAUGCCACACUCCCUUAAAGAUAUAAUCUGCAUUUAACAACAAAGAGCCCUACUGUAUCAGGCCACAAGCCUGCUGGGUCCAGGAUCCUGUUCCCACAGCGGCCAGUGAGAUGCCUAUGGGAAAUAGGCUAGCCUUACCUGAAUGAAACUGCAUUCUCCCCCCUUGUGAUGCCCAGUAACUGAUAUUCAGAGGCAUACUGCCUCCCUGCAGUGAAACUAGAACUCCUUCUUCUUUGGUGAUCACUCGCAGCUGAGUAAGAUUGUCUUCCAUGAACACAGUCUUAACAGUGAGUCUGUAGGUGACUGUGGGUGUGCAGCUUCCUUCCCAAGCCUCUCCAUCUGCUAAAGAUGGGGUCCUUGUCGUCCUCCUGCUUCCUGGCAAAAGGCAGUGCGCAGCCUUCUCAGGUGCCCCAACGCUGGAGACCAUGCCUGUCAGCACGUUUUCCUGCUUGAUCGCCGCCACCACACCUGGGAUCAGGGCGGUGGGGGAGGCAGAGGACAUUUUCCACCGCCCCCUCCCUUGUUUUGGAGUUGCAGGGGGGGGGUGCGCCAGAGGGAUCUUUGCACCACAGCACCAGAUAUGCUUAAGACGGCCCUGAUGUGAAGGUAUCAAUUCAUCAGAUAAAACUUUAAAAAUGAUGUACCUUCACCUUGUUUUUAUCAUUUAUUUCUUUAUUCAACUUUUUUGAAAAUACAAAUUGAAAAUCAAGCAUAACAAAACAGGCGCAAAGGAACAGUAUUAACAGGUCUAAGGCACCUCAGUGACUAUAUACUGAUAAUCUUAAACAUUUUCUCCUUUAAAGUUCAUUUACAGCGUUUUUCUUUACAGGGUUUCAAGACAAAGAGAGAAAAUAACUCCCAUUGUCUAUAGUCUGGUAUAUCAGGGAUGGAGGGCAGUCAUUAUCCUUUACACUUGACUAAUCAAUAAAAAAACUUCCUAUAUCUUCUCAAAUGGGUCCUUUAUCUUUUGUCCCCUCAUUACCCUUAGUUUUUGCACUUUUGACUACAUAUGAUCAAAUUAAUUAAAAUGAUAAUUCUAAAUCCCUUUUACGGGCCAGAGAGGGGAACCACACCUAUUUCAAUCAGCAAAAGAAAAGCCUAUUCCCAGUGGUCAACAGGUGCCAUUGCGACAACUUAGCCAAUUCAAGAAAGCAGUGGGGCAAACCAUAACAGUACACUUUCAAUAAUUCUUAUAAUAUCAAUAGCUGAAGUGGAACUAUAACAAAACAAACACAGGAGCCAGCUGCACCCAUUAAAGGAAGAAAGAGUCCCUGCAUUUCCAGAAGAUGGCAAUCUUGUGUUUUUCUGGUAUGUCUGAAGAGAAGAGGUAUGCAUGCAAACACCCGGAAACCUGGUCCCGCUAUCAGAACAGAGAGACUGGCUUUAUUUGAAAUGUGUAAAGAGCUAUUAGCUACCUUUGAAACUGACCAGUUUUCUGUGGCAGAAGCUUAUACAGGCAUGAUGUAUUAAGUGAAGUGAUUUGAACAGUAUAAAGAAGCCAGCAUAUCUGUGUGAGGCCUGAAU